GAGGCGCCAUCUAUAUUAGCUCUGGCUGGAUCGGGCUCGCCCUCUUCUUUGGGCUCAUCAUUUGCGCUACAAAGGGUGGCGAAGCGGGCUUUCUCUUCCUCACUGGCUAUCUUGUUGAGGAGAGCCUGAGUGUGGACAACCUCGUCGUCAUCGCACUGAUUUUUCAGAGCUUCCGAAUAAAGCCUCAGAACCAGGGCCCGGUGCUGAAGUGGGGCAUCCUCGGGGCUAUUGUGUUCCGCCUCAUCUUUGUCUUUGCCGGCGUUUGGCUUCUGGAGCACAUGCAUAGCAUGAUUUAUGUCUUCGGCGGCCUCCUGCUUUGGUCAGCCUGGAAGAUGUAUAGUGAGGAGGAGGAUGGAGACAACGGUAUGGACGAUCAUGCCAAGGGUCAGUCCUGGAUGAUGCAGAUCUUGACUUCAGUGGUCCCUUACCAUGCUGAUGCCAAGGGGCAUCAGUUCUUCGAGCACAUGGACGGCAAAACAUAUGCAACACCGAUGCUGGCUGCUCUGGUCGUGGUCGAACUUAGCGAUCUGAUCUUUGCAGUAGACUCCAUUCCCUGCAUUCUGGGGAUCACCCACGACCUCUUUCUCGUCUUCAGCUCGAACAUGUUCGCUGUGCUUGGGCUUCGCUCGCUAUAUUUGCUCUUGGCUGAGGCCCUGGAUAAAGUUCAGAACCUCAAGACCGGCUUGGCUGCCGUGCUAGCGUUUGUGGGAACUAAGAUGAUGCUGGGAGACUACUGGCCUCUAUCUCAGUCUGUGUCCCUGCUCAUGAUUUUCGGAAUUUUGGCUGCCACCGUUGCGUCCGGCACGAUGGGCAUCAAGUUUGAGAAGAAAAAGGCUGAGGCCAUAUUGCCAAUGUGA